GUCUACCUUAAGUCGAAAUUCGUUUGCUCCGUCCAGUCAGGUACAGGACAAGAGAGCGAGCAGAAUAGAAGAGCACAACACUGCACAGCACAGCACAGGAAGGAGAAGAAGAAGAAGAGUAAGGAGAAAAAGGAGAAGAAGAGGAAGAAGAAGAGAAGAGAAGAGACCUUUGUCGUUCACAAUUAUAUUUUAUCUCUCUCUCUCUCCCUUUCUCUCUCUCUCGCUUUCCCUUCCUCCCUUCCUCCCUCCCUGCAGUGCGGUCUCCAUAUAUCGACCGACUUGAGAAGGCUAGCAUCGGCAGACCAGAGACUCUCUCCCUCUCCCUCUCACUCUCUCUCCCACCCCACCCAAAACUCGUCGAUUGCGACAAAUUUCCCCCCGCCUGCCAGCCUGGCCGGGCUGCGAAGCAUGAGAAGCGACAUUGUCAUCCGCAGCAGCAGCAGCAGCCACCAUGUCGGCCUCACAUCCUCCUCCAGGACCUCCUCCUCAUGACGCAACAUCCACAGACCCGCAACCCUCCCGCACCGACUCGCCGCUCUCUCUACGACACAUUGCCCUGAAAUUCGACAACGCCGCGCCCGAAGCGAGUGCAUUGCGGCUCGUCGAAGCAUUGGAUCCGACGUGGAAGACUGAAGAAGGGCCAGUGGAAUUCAUCCGUUUCACAGAUGGAAUUACAAACACGCUCAUGAAAGCUGUCAAACGACGAGCGGGCUUGAGCGCGUUAGAAGUGGAUCGGAAUGCGAUUUUGUUGCGAGCAUAUGGACAGGGAACGGAUGUCUUGAUUGAUCGCGAACGCGAAUUGCGCGCACACAUGUUGUUGGCGAGUAUUGGACUUGCGCCGCGGUUACUUGCGCGCUUUGAUAAUGGUUUGAUGUAUGCUUUUAUUCCGGGCCAUGUUUGCUCGCAUGUGGAUUUGGCAAAGCCCGACGUCUAUCGACAGGUUGCGAAGAGGUUGGGGGAAUGGCAUUCGUUGCCUAUUGCUGCUAUUACUUCGACGCCUCUUUUGGACUGUGAGGAAGAUGCUCAGAAGAAGCGGGACGUGGCUGCGAAGCCUGUCAAUGGCAACAGCAACAACAGCAACAACAAAAACAACACACGCCCGUAUCCCAACACGUGGACGACAAUGCGCUCGUGGAUCGAAGUCUUGCCCAGAAAUACGGACGAGGAGCGACAGCGGGUCAAGACGAUUGAAACCGAGCUUGCUUGGGUAGAAUCGAAACUGGGUCACACUGUUUUCGACCAGAAAGCUUUUGUUUUUGCACAUCACGACUUACUAUGUGGCAACGUGAUUGUGGACAUUCACUCCGACGCCAAAGAGAAGCCCGUGAGCUUCAUCGACUACGAGUACGCCACGCCCGGGCCCGCUGCCUUUGACAUUGCGAACCACUUCGCCGAAUGGGCAGGUUACGACUGCGACCAUGCCUGUGUGCCCACCAAAGCCCAACGGAGAGAGUUCAUCCAGCAAUACGUCGCUUCCUACAGAUAUCACACCAUCUCCGACGCCCCAACGACCAUUGAAAUCGACUUCCAGAAAGACAUUGAUACCCUGUUUGUGCAGGUCGACCUGUUUCGUGGUCUUCCCGGAUUUUACUGGGGCAUAUGGGCUCUCAUCCAAGCAACAAUUAGUCAAAUUGAUUUCGACUAUAGUAAGUUUGCAGAAGGUCGAUUCAAGGAAUACUGGUCGUGGAAAGAGGAGGUCACGGGCGAGCGCAAAAAGGCAGGCAGAGAGCAGUACGUACGAGAGAAGAAGUGGGCUUCUUGAGGAGGAUACGAAGAUGAUGAUGACGAAGAAGAGGAGCAUGAUGGAGAAGAAGAAGAGGAGCAUGAAGAAGAAGAAGAGGAUGAAGAAGCAGGAAGAAAGGAUACUAUAAUUACUGGUGGGUUGGUGGGUUGGAUAUCCAGAUGGAGGAGGAACAAGCCGCAGACAGAUGUUCAACCACAGGCUCGGCAGACUUGUUGUCGGUGGUAGUGUUGUUGUCGUCGGUUGUGGUGUUGUUGUCGUUGGUGUUUGUUGUUGAGAUGACAAAAAAUGAGCAAGCAGGCAGGCGCGGGUGGGGUCUCACUCUUUCUUUCCGUUUGCUUUUUUGUUUCUUUUUUUGGAGGGGAGAAAAAAACAAAAGAAAGUCGAGUCGGUUGUUGUUGUUGUACAGCGAAUGCCCUUUUCUUCUUUUUGGCCUGGAUUCCAUGUUCGCUGCUUGAAAGGAGAAAAGGAAGAACAAAACAAAAAAACUCAUCACGGUUCAACAGGACGACACACGGUUGUUUCGCGUGUCAACACAGCCAAUUCUUUUUGGUAUUUCUGGCUUCGAGCUUCAACACGAUACCCGCCACUGGUUUUAUAGCGGCUUUCAAGCCUGGAUGUGCAUAGGACAAG